AUGGCACCUACCGCGUUGGAAAACUUGUCGCGCUUUUGGAGUGGCCAAAGAAAGAGGCCGCCCAUCAGCUACGCGGUAAAUGUGCAGUGCCUCCCGCAGCACAUAACAUCAAAGUACAUGGGCAUGGGCAUGGAUGAGGAAACACAGCAGUGGAUCACGCGUGCAGUUGAUGUAAGUGCAGUGAAGAUAAUACUGUCCAAUCUCUUGUGCACUGUCUUCUCCCUCACGACAGCGAACGGGAUCGUUGGUCGUGGCCAUAUGUUCGUCAUGCACACCGCGCAGGCGUUGUCGUUGCUGCAGGGCAAAGACAGACCGUUUCCUUUGCCAACGGGCCCAUUGUUCGACACACUCCUCGACAUCGGCGCCGGUGAUGGUGGAGUUACGGCGGAGCUGCAGCCGCUCUUUCGUCAUGUAACGGCUACAGAGUACUCUAUUCCCAUGCGAUGGAGACUCUGGUGGCGGGGCUACGAAGUCCUGCCGUACCAAGAUCCGUUUCGCUACGCCGAUGGCUCCUUGCGGCAGUACGACGUUAUCUCGUGUCUGAAUGUGCUCGACCGUGCCGAUGCUCCACUGACGCUACUACAUUCGAUGCGUGACUCUUUGGCACCCAAUGGCAUCCUCCUCCUCGCUGUUGUGCUGCCAUGGUGUCCGUUUGUGGAGGAUGGCAAACAGCAACGCCGCCCGGCUCAGAAGUUGCCGAUGGAGGGAGGCGAGUGUUGCAGAGGCGCAACAUUUGAAGCUUCUCUUGAGCGUCUUGUGGAUAAUGUCUUAAUUCCAUGUGGCUUUAAGCUGGAGCGGUGGACGAAGCUACCGUACCUCUGUGAAGGUACUUUGCAGACGGAGUACGCGGUGCUUUAUGAUGCGGUGCUGGUGCUAACGAGGAAUGUAGAGGGUUUGACACCUGGGGAGUGCGGUGCCGAUUGA